AUGGUAUUACAUCAGGCAACUGGUUUAGAAUUAAUGGAUACAGAUAUAAUAACAAGUGAUUCGAGUACAGAAAGUGAUGUAGCACUUGAUACUUGUGACCCUGAAGUCGAUUUUGACUUUGUAGAAGUGGCGAAACUGGUACCACUAAGACUAAGCAUGAUUGAGCGUAAGCUCAUGCGUCUUCUGGAUAGUACUUUGACGAUUUCUGAGUAUACUGACAAGGUGGAUGUAAUUUCAGGCGUUAGUAAAAACAGAAUAAUUCUACGUGAAACUAAGGAGAUCUUCUCUGUGUUAACUGCUUUGGCAGUGGCUUACAAUUAUGACGCAGGAAAGAAGUUACUAAAUGAACAAGAUUACUAUAGUAAUCGAGAGUUUUUUUGUAAUAUCUUUGAAAUUGGCCGUAGGUACAAAAUCCUUAACCCGGACAAAAUGCGUUCAUCUUAUGGGAAAUUAAUAUACUUUUUAAUGGAUACUCAGAAGCCAGAAAUUAAAGAAAUACUCAAUUUCAAUACGGUAGUACCAGUUAAUACUGUCUAUUCCUUCUUACAAAAUAAGAAAAAUGGUCUUAAAUUACUCAAUGAUCCAAAUCUCAAACAUGCCAUACAAUGUAUAAUACCGGAAAAUAAGAAUCGUAAUGAGAUAGAUAAAGAAAUACGUAAGAAAGAAGAAGCGAUAAAAUAUUUAGUGAAUAAAUAUUGUACAGUACAAUCAGUAGGUCAAAGGAUGUUGAAUUUUUCAUUUUUACAUCGUAACUUUUAUUCAAAGAUUACCGGAUCAGAUGAUGAAUCAGAUACUUGUGAAUUAACAUCUGAUGAUAUUGAAAAAGCUAUCUAUUCACUCAAUGAUUAUAAUACCAAUAUUGUAAUAUAUAUCUUACCAAUUAAUAAAAUGAUACAUUUAUUAACCACAAAUUAUCAUCCAACAAAUCCAUAUCCCACUAAUCCAUAUGCUAAUGAUCAAUCAUCGGAUCAACAUACUACAGAUCAGUAUAAUACAGAUCCACACUCAUCAGAUCAUUAUAUGACAAAUUGUGAUAAUACAAAUGAUAUGGAAUAUUAUAAAUGUGAAUAUUAUAGUUUGAAUAUAAGAUAUGGUAGAAAUGGAAGUAGAUUAAAUCAUACACAUGAUAAGCAGUAUAAUUAUGUAUUACAAACAUUAACAUUAUGGAAAGAGAUUUGUACACAAUUAUAUAACCUUUGGUAUUGUGCAGAAGGUGAUUUAUUAAGUGAUACUAAUAGAUAUCAAUUAAAGAAUACAGGACAAGGUCUUAACCGUAUCCAAGAAUGUCAUAAUGUAUAUAAUAUUAUGCGGAAAAUACUUAAGAAAGUACAAUCGAAAUUACAUUAUAAUUGGAUUGGAUCAUCAACAAUACAUUUAGGUGAUCAUAAUGUUCCAAAUUCACUCUUAUUCAUUGAUAAAUAUCUACAAAUACCAAGGAUAUUAAUACCAAUAUUGACUUGUAUAGAGAAUUUACCAAAAUUAUAUACAAGUAAUGAAAAUGUACGAAAAUAUAUUAAUAAUGAGUUUGGGUCAAUAACGAAUUUGAAGAUGGCGAUUUUAACUGACUUCUUUAGGCAUGGAUUUGAUGGUUCAGGAGCUGAUAACUUCAAUGAUGCAGGGAGCUGUAUUGAUGGAAGACUAACAUCGGCAUGGAACUGGUGUAACCAAAUUGAAAAGAAAAAUUACUACAACUUCUUCCUACUCACGGGAUUCAAUGGAUUCGAUGGACGCUUUAAUGAAUAA